UGCCAGCUUGGUCCGCUAGUCGAGGGCGUGCAAAAUAUACGCGGGUUUUAUUUAUUUUACAAUAAUAGUAUCUAGUUAUAUACAAACAUCUAACAAAUAUGGUGCUGCCAUUCCUACAACGCUCCACGCUACGUGGCGUGCAACAGUUGACCAAGCCCUGGGCCUGCAGUCUUCGUUUGGCCUCAUCCUCGCAGGAAUUUCGUUUGGAGAGCGACACCUUUGGUGAGUUGAAGGUGCCCGCCGAUAAGUACUAUGGCGCCCAGACCAUGCGCUCGCAGAUCAACUUUCCCAUUGGCGGACCCACGGAACGCAUGCCGAAACCCGUUGUGCAGGCCAUGGGCAUCUUGAAGAAGGCCGCCGCCGAGGUUAACAAGGAGUUCGGCCUAGAUGCCAACCUUAGCGAGGCCAUCUCCAAGGCAGCCGAUGAUGUCAUCUCCGGCAAGCUCUACGACGAUCACUUUCCACUCGUCAUCUGGCAGACCGGCUCGGGCACUCAGAGCAAUAUGAACGUUAACGAGGUCAUUAGCAAUCGCGCCAUUGAACUUCUGGGCGGCAAACUGGGCUCGAAGACACCCGUGCAUCCCAACGAUCAUGUAAACAAGUCGCAGAGCUCCAAUGAUACCUUCCCCACCGCCAUACACAUCUCGGUGGCUUUGGAGCUGAACAACAACCUUAAGCCUGCCAUCAAGAUGCUGCACGAUGCGCUCGCCGCCAAGUCUAAUGAGUUCAAGGAUAUUAUUAAAAUCGGUCGCACGCACACCAUGGACGCAGUGCCCCUCACACUGGGCCAGGAGUUCAGCGGCUAUGCUCAGCAGCUGGCCUAUGCGCUGGAGCGCAUUGAUGCCUGCCUGCCACGUGUCUACGAGCUGGCGCUGGGCGGCACUGCUGUCGGCACAGGUCUGAACACACGCAAGGGCUUUGCAGAGAAGUGCGCUGCCAAGAUCGCCCAGCUGACUGGACUGCCCUUCGUGACGGCACCCAACAAGUUCGAAGCGCUGGCCGCACGCGACGCCAUGGUGGAGGUGCAUGGUGUACUUAAUACUAUUGCUGUGAGCCUGAUGAAGAUCGGCAACGACAUACGAUUUUUGGGCUCUGGACCACGUUGCGGCCUGGGUGAGCUCUCACUGCCAGAGAACGAGCCGGGCAGCUCCAUUAUGCCGGGCAAGGUGAAUCCGACGCAGUGCGAAUCGCUUACCAUGUUGGCCGCCCAGGUCAUGGGCAACCAGGUGGCUGUGACCAUUGGUGGCUCCAACGGACACUUUGAACUGAAUGUGUUCAAGCCACUGAUAGUGUCCAAUGUGCUCCGCUCCAUACGCCUGCUUUCUGACGGCAGUCGCACUUUCACGGGCAACUGCGUCAAUGGCAUCCAGGCCAACAAGGAGCGCAUUGCCAAGAUUAUGAACGAGUCGUUGAUGCUGGUAACUGCGCUGAAUCCACACAUUGGCUACGACAAGGCGGCAAAGAUUGCCAAGACAGCGCACAAGAACGGCACCACGCUCAAGGAGGAGGCCAUUAAUCUGGGCUAUCUCACCGAGGAGCAGUUCAAGGAGUGGGUGCGACCGGAACAGAUGCUGGGACCCAAGUAGACCCAAGUAGACCCGAGCACAUCUAGUUAGCCUAUAAGCCAAAAGUCAGCAACAUUUUCCACUUUCACUCGUUUUACACACAGAGGCUUCAGUCUACAAUUCGAGCACGAACGGAACGCGUCUAAAAAUUAAAAAUAAUAAAAUUCAUAUGAAAAUAAAACUUGCAACUCAUUUUCGCUUUGGA